AUGAUGUCGGAGAGACCCCUAGGUGGUCUUCCGAGCAAUACAGAGCCAAAUCCGCGUGGGCAUGUAAAUGCGAUUAUGACCAGGAGUGGCAAGACUACAGGACCUACCAUAUCGGACCCACCACCGAUCACUGAAAAGGUCCUGACUGACACACCGGACGAGGUGCAAGAUAGGCUGCGCCUAGCAAGUACAGCACAAGUCCAUGAGCCAGUCAAAGAUUACACUCCUCCAGUACCAUAUCCGGGCCGGCUGAAGAAACAGAAGAGCGAAGAACAAUACGGUAAGUUCCUUGAAAUGUUUAAGCAACUGCAUAUAAACAUACCGUUUGUUGAAGCCUUGGCCCAGAUGCCGAAGUAUGCAAAGUUCUUGAAGGACAUCCCCUCGAAUAAGCAGAAGCUCGAGGAUAUGUCCUGUGUUGUGAUGAACGAAAGCUUCUCUGCCAUUCUUCAAAAUCGUCUACCCACAAAAAUGGGAGAUCCUGGUAGUUUCACGCUUCCUUGUUUGAUAGGAAAUAUGUCUGUUAGCCAUGCAUUGGCUGAUUUGGGAGCGAGUAUCAACCUUAUGCCCUAUAAGGUUUUUACAAAGUUUGAUCUAGGUGAGCCGUCACCUACACGUAUGAGCAUUCGACUAGCAGAUUGUUCUAUCAAGUAUCCACGUGGUUUUUUUGAGAAUAUGCUUGUUAAGAUUGACAAGUUUGUGUUUCCAGUGGAUUUUGUUAUCCUGGAUAUGGAUGAGGACUCUAGGGUGCCUUUGAUUCUCGGACGUCCGUUCUUGAAUAUUGCUCGGACCAUUGUAGAUGUAGCUGCAGGGCAGAUUACACUCCGAGUGAAUGAUGAGCAUGUGACCUUUGACAUCAAGCGGUCAAUGCAGCACCCGCAGAGUUAG